CCAACUUCCGAAACGGGCAUUCCGCAGUUCAUCACACUUCUCAACACAGUGGCAAGGCUUCUAAUGGAAAACCUCUGUCGCUCAACUCAACAAUUUGCACUGCCGCUUAUGUGAAAAAUGGGAUUCGCAACGAUGUCAUCAACAUCUCAGCGCUACGCUGUGGUCCCAGGAGACGAUGAGAACGGCUCAGAGAGGAAAUCCCUAGAAUCCGAAGACCCACUCAGCUCCGCGAUAUCCAGGAGCUUGGGACGACGGCGAACACCGCACACCACGACGAUACUCAGCAUUAUCCAAACCGCUCUCUUGCUCGUCCUCCUCGUCCUAGUGUCCAUCAGCCUCUCCAUUCGCCCUUCACCAACUCCAGCCGCUCCAACAUCCGUAAAAUGUGGCAACACAUCAACAUCUGCGAAAGAAGCGGGCUGCGUCUUCGAUCCCCUGGGCUACAACUGGGUCCCGCCCCAGUGCUAUGAUAGCGCCACCGCCUCCGAAUUCCGGACCUUCCUCCACACCCCCACCUUACGAUUCGGCGCCUUCCCAUUCUUCCGCUCGAACGAUACUUCAGACCGUGUGGCUAGCGAAGAAGAGUUGUCGCAGCGCGUGGGCAUGAAGACGUACACAACGCAGGAGGAGCAUCUGGCGCACUGCGUGUUUAUGUUAAGGCGGCUUGAGCGGGCGAGGGAGGGCAAGUUUAGGUGGGAUGGGAAAGGAGGUUAUGCGCAUAUCGAGCACUGUAGCCAUCAGGUUUUGGAGAGGGUGAUUGAGGGGGAGAAUCCGCUGGAUAGGCAGGCGCUACAUUCGGUUAUUCUUAUGGGGGUCGUGUCGGAGUGUUGAGCAAACUCCCUCCGUCGAUACCUUCUAAGGUUAUGUGAAGUCGGUCGGCUUGAAGAUGAAUGAAUGAACUCAUAUCUUGCUAAGGCGGUCCUCGGUAGGCCAGUUUCCGCCAGUGUGCGACCCGAUCUGAGCUGUUUCCUGGAACGAGCUUAGAUCGCCCCUUCGCUGACCGGAUGGAAGUGGUGGGAGAGAAUAACAAUGUUAACGAACUCAUCCAAAAUAUUGGCACUGAAAGGCGAUUAUAUUCCCGAUAGUGAAGAUGUGAGUGAGUUCGAAACCCUUUCCGGCGCCUGCCUCAGUGCAGCUUUUGGAUCCGAGAUCUGG